UUUGCAAAUUAGCAGCUAACUCGAAGUAAAGGCAGGGGGGGACUCAAUAUCAGGCAGCUUGAUUGAGGUCUCGUUGUGACCCCACUGCUUACGUUGGUCCGGAUAUCUUGAACUGACUCAAGCAUCUUGAGUUAGCAGAAGUUCAGUUUGUCAAUGUUCUCAACAAAAAAUGGAUACUGAUUUCUCGCGAUUGUGGCAGCAUCACUUAAGUGCUCUUCGAGACGAUUUCUCGAGGGCAAGUGUAGAGGCGCUACCUAGCCAGCCAUCGCGCCCUCCAAGUGCUGAUAGCCUCGCCCGUUGCGCUGAUGGCGGAGAGGACCACGCUUGGGAUGUCAAGAGCAGCCAGAUAGUAGAUGGCUUGGAUGAUCUGACACUACAAAGCCCAAACACGACAGAAUCGCACAGCCCAAAGCCGCCGUGGUUCAUGGACAGAGAGGGCUACACCGAGACCGCAAUCUCGUCGCCGCAGACUACCAGCUGGCCGAGGACGGUCAAAUCCUCCAACCACCAUCCUGGCAUCAAUUAUGCGGUGACCUCAAAACCAUCCACGUCCGAGCCACGAAGCACGGGAAAGCGACUGGCAAGACUACAGUCGCCACCGCCGCCCAUCAUCCUUCAGAAGCAACAUGAACUACUGUACGAGCACAACACCGGCCGCUAUAACACACUGGCAGCCGGUGACCCAGACCCUAUCACGGCCACCGCGGACCGGACAGCAGCCUCCACCACAACGCUGCAUACCCACAGAGCCGACACCCCUGUCACACAAUCAACCCCAAAGAAGACGCCAGCAGCUUCUGAAGUCCGCGUGCUCAUCCUGACCUGGGCAAAGCAGCCAGACCGCCGGGGCGAGGACGGGCAGCUGCUCUCGCCCAGCCUCAACAGCCUGAGCGACACGGAGACGUUGCGCGCCUGCUUCAAGCGCAGAGGGUACCGUGUUCAAUGCAGGCUGAUACCGGCUGACUAUCCGACGGCGGCUGUCGAGACGAUUUUGGGCCGGUUUCUGGAGGAUGGUGAUGUUGAUAAGGAGGACGGAGAAGGUGAGGGCGUGCUGCUGGUGAUUUACUAUCACGGCUGGGGCUGUUUGGAUGGUGAGGAGAGGAUGAUGUUUUUGAGGGACCCCGACCCUUCGGCAGGCAUCUUCUUCUGGGACGACGUGCGGGGCCCUAUCAUGCAAAGCACCAGCGAUGUGCUGCUCGUAUUUGACUGCACGGGGCUACCCGGUGCCCGGGCGGAGCAGCACGAGAUCAUGCGCAGUAUAGGUGCGGGCACCAGUUUGGCCUCGUCGCCUUCGGCGAAACAGCUCCUGGGUAUUUGCGUCCCUGCACCAUUCAGAAACGACAGACCGGCCGCUUUUACGUUUCCGUGCGAUGCCAUGACGCAGUCGCUGUGCAGGAUGCUAGAUCGGACUCAGCCUGGUGACAUGUCGGAUCUGUCGGUACAGAAAUUGUGCUCGUUAAUGAGGGAGGACCUGCGAGACACGGAGCUCGCGACAAGAGUCUUUGUCACACAGCUAGGGAAUGGGCAGUUGCUCGAUAUUCUCCUCUCGCCGACGAGUGCGAGUGCAUCUCAGGGGUCAAGGCAGAGCAUAAGGUCGAGAUAAUGAUGAGCCGGCCAGAGACCUACCUUACCUAGUUAUCGAGAUCCAAGCGCGAGGGUACGGAAUACUACCUACCACAUUGAUAGCGCCAUGUCUCGGACUCUACAGUAAUGUACAUGGGCUCAUGUUAGGCAAGUCCUGAAGGUAGUGCCAACAGGCAGCAACUCUGGCUGG